GUGCAGCCCGAGGAGGGGAGGGGGAGAAGGAGCGCGGUUCCAGACAAACACAAGCAAACGCCAAGUGUUGCGGUAAAGGAUGGUUUAAUGUUUCGGAUGUGUUUUGGACUCUGUCAAUCAUGGUAGUGUGCAGAUUCUUUCAGCAGGGAACCUGUAGAUACGGCCAGAACUGCAGAUUUGAGCAUUCUUCACCUCAGUAUGCAGGUUCAACUGUGAGUCCUCUACUCCGGCAAAAUGUUCAAACAACCUCUAGUGUGCCUCCACCUAGAAAUACUCAGUCUAACAACCCAUUCCGUGGUAACGUCAAGAAGGAUGCGAAUGAUAUCUUCAACUUAAUGGUACAAGACAUAAAUGAAGCAGAGAAAGGUGGUGUUUGGCCUUUGUCUUGUUACAACUUUUGGCCCGCUAUAUCAUCAGGAAAUGUACCAGGUCUUGAAGAUAUCUCCCCAGAUGAAAUGAGACACAUGCAACUUCAAGCCCAAGCAGGUGGCAACAUAGAAGCAUGUUUCCAACAAAUUCAGCAAUUGUAUCAACAAGCAAGGGCAAGAUUUAAUAGUUUAAAGGUCCGCUCUGCAGAGACACUGUCCAUUAUAGAAACUUUGACACAGGGUCCUCCAUCAACAUCUUCUCAAUUUUCUUUUGCAUCAGGGAGCAGUGUUGUACAGGAUUCAUGGCCUGCGUCUCCAGCAUCUCAAUCCUCUAUAUUCGGAGGUGCUUCAUCCACAAUUUCAAACGAAGCUCAAAAAUCAAUCUUUGGCGGUUCUUCAGGAUUUGCGCCAAGCCAAGGAUCAGUCUUCGGUUCAAAUCAAGGCUCUUUGUUUGGCUCAGCAAAUUCACAGCCGUCUGUGUUUGGUGGUGCAUCACCUCAAAAGUCAGUGUUUGGUGGCUCAGCUCAGCAACCUACAAACACAUCGCCGUUUGGCACAGUAACUCAACAAACCUCGAUAUUUGGCAAUAGUGCUACAGUUCAACAAAGUUUACCAUUUGGUAGUCCUUCAGGUCAGCAAGCCUCACCUUUUGUCAAUACACCUGCAUCACAACAGGCAUCUCCAUUUGGUGCACCUGCAUCUGUUGGCCAGAGUGGGGGUAGUAUUUUUGGUGGUACCUCUGCAUCAACAGCAGCCCAACCGAGUUCAUUUAGUUUCGCCCUUCCUAAUGCACUUGAAGCUAGUUCUAAUGCAACUCAAAUAGCCUCCUCGUCGCCCUUUGGUGCUCCAGCCUUAACAGGAAACAGUUCCGGCAGUAUAUUUGGAGGAUCUACAGUCUCAAAUAUGGCUCAACCAACUGGAAGUACAUUUGGUGGUUUUGGUCCUCAAUCCCAGAGUGCUGUUCGGGCCACUCCAGGAAGUAACGUUGUUUUGAACUCCACUAUUUACACUUCAAUCACUCAACUCACAGAGGAUGAAAGGAGAGAAUUUGAAGCAGAAACAUUCACAGUGGGGAAAAUCCCCUCUAAACCCCCUCCUAGAGAACUGUGUUAGAAAGAUGUCCAUACUUUUUCUCCUUCACAAUUUCUCAGUGCAGACAAUAUUUCAGUUGUAGUAAGAGCAACAAUGGCUGUGGUAUUAUUUUGUCUCGUGUGAUUACAGCCACUUACUAACCAAAAUAUGUUUCUUGGUUUUGAUCCUGAUUUUGGCAGAAGGCCUUCAUGACUUACUUUUAAUCAUCUUUUGUGUUUGUUUUAUUUGAUGUUUGCAAUGCAUUUUAUGUUUCUUUUUCUUUUUAAUGUGUAGUUCUGAGUGUUAUCAUCUUUAUUUUAAAUCCAACUCAGAUCUAGAUAGAAAAAUAAGGAUACCUGUUGUUAGUUGUAAAAUUAUUUUAUCCCUUAAGAGUAAAACCCUGGGGGAAAAAAAUGUGAUAUUGGGAUUCUGGCUGUCAGCACAGCUUUUAGUUGAUAAAAUACACAGAUAAAUGUGCAUCUGAGAAAUCCUAUGGGUUUAAGUCAGAAUGUAUCCGUGAUUGCUAGAACUCUACUUUAGUUAGCUUCGCAUGACUCUGCAUUGAAAUUUUAAUUUGAGCUGCAUUGGUGUUUGCUAAUGAUCAAGAAAGUAUGCACUGAAAAUACUGGAUUCAUAACAAAGACAUUGACAUUUGCAGGCAAAACCCAAAAUGAACAAUGUGUCUUUUAAUGUUAAACAUUAAUAAAAUAAAGGAAAGCUCAUAAAUACCA